CCGACACUAAAACGUCCCGGCCUACAAAUCACCCGGCCAGAUUAUGAGUUCAUUGUAUUAUGCGAAUGCUUUAUUUUCUAAAUAUCAGGCCGCAAAUUCGGUUUUCCCCUCCGGAGUGUUUUCUGAGCAAACUUCUUGCGCAUUCGCUUCCAAUGCUCAGCGCACCGGGUAUGGCUCCAGUUCCACGGCCUCUUUCGCUGCUUCCAUGCCUGGUUUGUACCCCAACGGGAGCGGCAUGCACCCCCAGGCCCCCGGCAUGUACUCUAGCAGCUACGGGCUGGAAGCCGGCUCUUUCAACAUGCACUGCUCCCCCUUCGAACAAAACCUCUCCAUGAUGUGUCCGGGAGACGCGUCGAAGCCCAACUGUAACAAAAGCGACCAGCGGGACCCAGACUUGAGGCACGAAAGCAACUUGCGGAUAUAUCCUUGGAUGAGGAGCACAGGGACCGACAGAAAGCGAGGCCGCCAGACCUACACCAGGUACCAGACGCUGGAGCUGGAGAAGGAAUUCCACUACAACCGCUACUUGACCAGGAGGCGACGCAUUGAGAUAGCCCACGCCUUAUGUCUUACAGAGAGACAGAUCAAAAUCUGGUUCCAGAACAGGCGUAUGAAGUGGAAAAAAGAAAACAAGCCGGCAGGUCCAGGCUCAAACAGCCAGGAAAAACCAGACGCCGAAGAAGAUGAAGAAGAGUGAAGGGGGGAGGAGGGGGAGGGGGGACGAGAGUGAGAGUGAAAGAAAGAGAGAGGUGGGUGGAAAGUGUGAGGAGCAAAUUGACUGCACUGUCCAGAAAGUUAAAGCAAGGAGCGGAUUUUUAAAAAUUAGCGAAUAAAGACUGUACAUUAAACAAGAAACUAAAGGAAAACAUACAAACAAACGGAAUGGAUGGUCUCGUCUGUUUCUUGGCUCUUGGAAAACUACCUAUAUUAACAUUUCUCUCCUUUUUUUGUACAACAAAAUGGAUAAUAAAUCUACCUAUUCAAUGUCUCUUUAGAAUCAAAUAUAGAUAAUUUUGUUUUCCUGUGUGGGUCUUCAUAUCUAGUCCAUGUAUUUGUAAAUUUUCUUGGUUUUUUUAAAGGUUCUUUUGUCGUGUAAUUUUUUACUUUAAAAAUAGUAUUUGAAGUGAAACAGUGGAUGUGAUUAGCACUUUUCUUUAGAAAACAUGAACUCCAAACUUAUGAAGGGAAUACAAUGCUGAAGCAUAAAAUGUUGUACAUAAUUCUAUGAGAUUCCUGUAUUUCUUUUCUCCUCUCUUGGUAGAUUUGUGACUCUAAGUCUGGUUACCGGUGCUGUAUUUCCUUUUUUCCUUUUU